AAAUCAAAGAGAAAAUUACCACUUUUUUCCAAGUGCUGCCGUACAAAAUAUCAUCAAGCGUUGGUCGACAUCGUUUAACGUUGCAAUUUUAUUGAUAAAAUUCCUUAAAAAUAAUAAGAAAUAAACAUUAAUUUAGUGCAAACAGUGAAAUUAAAACAUGAUUAAGAUAAUCAGUCAAUAAUAUCAUAAAAAUAGUGAAUUAAAACAUUGUAUUGGCCUGGCAUUUGCGUUCUUUGUGGACGACAAAAAAAAACACACCGAGAAAAAAAAUCUUUGAUAAUUUCGUCGAAAGAAAAAACGAAAAACUAAUCUAGCUGUACAUUUUUAAUUUUGUUGUGAAAAUUUCCUUUCUAAAUGAACGACGAUUAUUUUUGUUGCCAAAUCUCAUAUAUCUGUAAAAGUUUAUAAAAAUCCGCGCAAUAAAGAGGCAGGCUGACUGGAUUGACUCUGUGACUUACGUACUUGUAUAUUGUUGUAUUUGUAGUUCGUGCGUGUGUUUAGUUGAGUGCGAGAGUGUAUGUUGUUGCAUUCAUAUAUUAUUUUGGUCUGCCUGCCCGUUUGUUUUCUUAUGUUUUAAUUUCAUAUUUCUACCGUUGAUUCUAUGUGAAAAAUGCGUGUUGGAAAAAAACCCAACGUCGUGGAAGCCAAAAAGACACGUUCUUGUGUAGUACGCUUAGAGAAAUUUUCCAAAAAAUCACCAAACGUAUCGCCUUCUCCGGAAGAUAAUCGUAAAACUACACGUUUAAGUUCAACGGCUAUGGCUCCAACACCUAAGCAACGCAGAGGAGGAGGAGUGACAUUACAACAAGAAGAGAAACCCUUCGGUGGGACCAUAAAAAAGAGAAUCGUAGGUGGCAGCAAUAGUAAUUUGCAAACUCCACAACAAAAGGCCACAAACACCAACAUGUCUAAUAUAAGAUCAAACCAAAAGAUCAAGAUUAUUCCCAGAUCUAAUAAAACUACACCGGCCUCAACACCAUCUAGAGAAGAAACACCACCGCCAACAAUUGCCGCCGGCCGAUCAAGACGAGCUAUAAAACCCAAUCCCAAAUAUGCCAGUGAAGAUUUGGUCACACCGAAAGUUGUGCGCAAUGUAGCGACGCUAGGCUCCUCCACGAGCAGAGGGUCUACAACAGCUGGCAAAACUCGUAAAGCAUCUACGAGUUCUGAUGAUUUCUAUAACCGCAAUUCAGAUGAUGAGUAUGAUGGAAAUCAAAGGGAUAUGGACGACGAUGAUGAGGAUGAAGACAUGCGUAACGAUAAAGCCUAUCAGGCCAAUGAUAAGGAUGAAAAUGAUUCAGAUUUUUCAGUUAUUGAAGAACAACCCGUGCGAGCAGCUAGACCACGCGGUCGUCCCAAAAGAGUUCAGGAACCUACACCAACUAACAACAAAUUACCAACUCUUGCAGCCUCUUCUAGUGUAAAACGCACGACGAAUUCUGCAACAGUAGCCAACUCUUCAAAUCUCCGUUCAGCUCCCUCACAGUUACAGCAAAUAAGACGUUCUUUAGCUUCUGCCAAUGCUCAACGCAACAUAAAUUUAUUGUCUGGUACGGCCCAAAAACGCAAAUUGGAAGAAUUACAGGAUUCUAGUGAUAACGAGAGCAGUUAUACUAUUAAACGCAAACAAUUAGUACUUUCCAAUUCGACGGGUCCCAAAGUAAUAAUGCCGGUUAAAGAAAAUAGAGUUAAUGCGUCCUCCACUCCCUUGGCAAAGAGUCGCUUGGCUAUGCAAAAAAUGAGCACGACGACACCACAACACAUGCAACAGCCUCAAACUGUAAAUGGUAGCAAUAAGAUAAAUAAUAGCCAAACGACUUCCUCACGUCGGGCCAUCGAAAUAUCAGCCAAAUCCCAUACAGAAUCAAUUACAAAAUCAUCGCUAAGACAGACAACAAACGCAAACGCAGCCAUGACUAACCAACAUAUGCAAAAACCACAAAACCAAAAUUCUCUUACAACGCAAGCAAAAAUAUUGGCUGCAAAAUCCAAUAGACUACGUAUAGGUUCACCUAAACUACCCAUGCAAAAAGAAAGACAAAAUAAUGGAUCUGCGAUAUCAAUAUCUUCAGGGUCAGCUGGCUCGUCGUCUUCGUUGAAUACUAACAGCAAAACCAGCGACAAGACGAAAGCUCUAAAUGCAAAGUCCUCCGCAUUAAAAUCAAAAACCACAACAUCACCACACAACACAAACGCCAAUAGUUUGGAAAAUAUAAAUGAAAUUAAAGAUGAUUCACCAAACUCCACUAUGGAUGAUUUCGAAACAAUGCCCACAUUCACGAUUGUCAAUGUGAAUGACAUUAUCAACAAGAAAGGAGAUGUUCUCAUAACAAAAGCAAAAGCGAACAACAACAGCAAAACAACACCCACGGUAAUAGAAUUUUCGGAAAGUAUUAGUUUAGAUGAUGAUGACGACGACGAUGAUAAUGACAAUGACUUUAACGACGAUGUGCAGGAAGUUGCAGCGGUGGUCGCUCCUCCUCCAAAGAAAUUACAAAAAUUAUCCACUCUCAAUAAUAGAAAAGAAUUUGAGAACAACAGAAAAUCUCCCAUGACUCGUUCGAGCGAAUCAUUGAGGAAGUUACCCACAAAACCAGCAACUUCCGCGGCCGUUUCCUCCUCCAACAAAAACCAAGCACCUCAAAUACUUAAUCAUAAAUUGGGCUUACGCAAUUCAAGAGUAUCAGCAAAAGCGACCACAACCUUAACGGCCACAUUAAAGUCGCCGGAUAAACCGGCACCACGUAUUCUAAAUUCAGUGGUGGGUAAGAAAACCCAACCGGUCAAACCAAUGAUAUCAAACAUGGAUGAUUCGGCCGAUGAGAGUUUUCCGUUGUCGUUGGAUGAAGAUGAUGAUGAUGAUGCUGAGGUGGAGGAAGAAACCGAAGAUGAGAUCGAGAGUAGAACUUCAAACCUUAUGCAAAUGACAGAGAAAGCCAGAAAGAGAGAUCAGCAACAACACCACAACCACCAAAACUUAAUGGAGGUUGACACCGAAGACACCGAGUCUCAAAAUACGGAAGAAGACGAUACCGUGUUACAAACCACCAACAAUAACGCUAACUUCACCAAUGCCUCCAAUGCUGUGGCCUUAACACCCAAGCAAAAUACUGCAUCUCAGCGCAGAAGACGUACGCCAGGCGUCUCAAAUACUCCCAUUGUGGUGAGUAGUAAUAAGAAGCGCCUGACACCGGCAGCGGCUAAAGAAAAUUCCUUAGCGGCCACCAAUCAACAAAUCAACGAUACAACGACUGGACCUGCUGCAAAACAAUCCCUGGCUACAACGCUACCGGUCCCCCGUAAAUCGAAUGCCGAAAAAGUUGUAAUUUCCAAGCAGGGCGAUAAAAUCAUUAAGAAAAUCACUUGCUUUGAAACCUGGUAUGUCAUCAAUAUGCCAAUGGAGGCCAAACGGCCCGCGGUUAUGAAAAAUCAACUGGAAAUGCCUUUAAUACGUUUGGCCAACAAUGCUAAAAAUGUUUGCCUGCCUAACGAUCUGUGGAGCAGUAAAGUCACCCUCUAUGAACUCUCUGCCCAAACACUGGGUAAAGGCACUUUUGCCCACUUUACGGGCGACCUAUAUGAGCAUCAUAUCAAAGAAGAAGAUCGGGGAAAAUAUCAGCCGUCGUGCGUCAUGUUCCGCCGAUCGAUUGAGAAAAAUCACGCAUCUCGAAUGCCCUAUGAUCGAGCCGUUAUAUUCAAAAAUAAAACCUUCUACACCAACAUCGAGGGCAAGAAUGUACGCCUAGUGGGAGCACCCAGUAUAAUAAAUACCGAAAAAGAAAUUGAAAUUCUUCUGGAAGUGGUGGAUGGUCUGACUCUUCAAAGUGAUUUUGUUGAACAUAUUUCUAUAGUACAGUAGGAAGGAAGAAACAGCGAAGAAAUUAGUAGAACAUAGUAAAUCCUAAAUUUCUUUUGUAAAAUAUGUAUAAAACGUAACUAGGUACGUUAUAACUCUAAAUUUACUUAGAAGUGCACAAUACAUUGCGUAACAAAACCUAAACCUAAACAUGCUGACAAAAAGUUGAGAAACUAAACAAACAACAAAAUUUUAACAUUUUUAUACCAAGAAAAUUACUAAUAAUUAUAAUUUUUAGUAAAUGAUUUUGAUUUUAAUUUUUUUUUAAUUACAAAACAUCAAAAGCAAAAGUACUCUUGAGUAUGGAGUAUGUUGCUUGCUUUUCAACUUAAAAUUGAAAAAAAAAAAAUAAGUAAUUUAUUUGAAAAACUCAUCAUCCAUCAUUUUGUUAAUCUAUAUAUCUAUUGUUUUCUGUAUUGAAAAUAAGGACCUUUAGUUUUAAUUUAUUUAAGUUACAAAUAAAAUCUAAUUAUAAACAAAACAAAAACAAACAAUAAAAAUAAAUAAAUAAACUUAAAAUGUAAUUGAAUUACGUAAGAGUAAAUAAUGUAAAUUUCGCUUUAUUAACUAACAAAAUAAUUUAAAAAAAAAACAAUAUUAUAUAAAACUAAGAAUAAUAAAAAAAUAUUUGAAAUAUGUAACUAAUGAAACGACUUUAAACAAAACAUGCAAGUUUACGUUACAGUUUUAAUUUUGUAUUUCUUAAUCUGCACAGUUGUCAUACAAACUCACUCUACAUACAUUUUUAACAUACAAUUUUUUUGUCUUAAAUUUAACUAUAAUUUUAUCAUAUAAUUAUUAAAGAAAUUCUUAGUUUUACAUUUUAAUUUUUAAUGUAAAUUAUAUAGUAUGUGUAGACAAAACAACAAAAAAAAAAUAAGAAUAAGAACGUUAAACAUUUUUUUAAAAACAAAUUUAAAAAAGUAUAUGGGUUUUCUUCAUUACUAAAAAUCGCCUGGCAAUUCAUAAGUUUUUCAUAAGAGGGCUUUUUUUAUUUUAUCUUAUCAAAUCUGUUUAGUUAUAUAUAUAUAUAAUUAAUGCUAAUUAAAGUUACAAAUGUAUAAUAUUUGAAGUUUAAUAAAAGUUAAUAAAAAAAAUCAACAAAAA